UGGGCUUAGACAUAGGUCUGUCCAAAACAAUAAGUUUGGAGCCAGCCACAAGUUUAAGCUUUACCUUUAUUUUUUUAUAUUAUUCAAAUAAUUUAAAAGUAUUUCAUUCAAGGCUUAUAAUAACUUUAUGUUCUAAGAAAUGUGACCUCUACAAAUGACCUUUUAUCACUGUCAUAUAUCACCUUGAUGUAUUGAUGAUUGCUCAACCGGAUGGGGCCAACUUUACAACUUUAAAAACUGACAUAUCACACAGUCAUGCCAACCAGUGACUGCCUUCCAGUCAGUGCAUGACGUUAAAAAAAAAGUAAAGUCAACAUAAAAAGGUCUUUGACUUUCCCCUCUUCUGAUUAUGUUUGGUUGUUCCCUUCCACUUAUGUUUGAAUGCUCUGUCGUGUUUAAGCAGCUCCUUACUUGCAGGGUCAAAAGUCUGAUGAGGUAGAUAUGGACUGACGAAUCAAACCUUAUAUUGAGUUUCUGAGAUAAGACUGUCAAUAGGAGGUGAUGGUGGAGAGGUGAGAGGGGCAGACUUUGGACCCACUUCAGUUACUCUUCUUUGCCACCGGCUGCAGCGCCUCGGUUUGUCUCUCUUUGCUGGUGGAAAACAUGAAGAUUAAUUUUGCUCCAGUGGACGUGCCCGUUCAUAGGAGACUGCAGACGGCCGCAGUGCUGCAAUGGGUCUUCUCCUUCCUUGGCCUGGCACCCACCUGCAUCUUCCUGUUCUUUUACCUGCUCUUCACACGAUAUUGGUUGAUCAGCGUGCUGUACAGCGUCUGGUGGUUCUUUGACUAUGAUACCCCUGCACGUGGAGGCCGCAGGGUACCUUUCUUGUGUGGCCUCAAACUAUGGGAUUGCAUGCGGGAUUAUUUCCCCAUCAAGUUGUUGAAGACAGCGGACCUGGACCCCAAACACAACUAUGUCCUGGGUUUCCAUCCACAUGGCGUGCUGGUGGCAGGGGCCUUUGCCAACUUCUGCACCUAUGCCACAGGCUUCAGACAGCUGUUUCCUGGACUUAGAAGCUACCUGCUCAUGUUGCCCCUUUGGUUCAGAGCACCAUUCUUCAGAGACUACAUCAUGUGUGCAGGUCUGAUUCCUUCUGACAAAGAGAGCGCCAGUUAUCCACUCCGCCAGAGGGGUGGUGGCAACGCUGUUGUGAUAGCAGUUGGUGGGGCCCCAGAGGCCCUUGAUGCCCACCCUGGAACCUACAAUGUCCUCUUGGCACAGAAGAAAGGCUUCAUCAAAAUGGCCAUGGAGCACGGUGCUCAUCUGGUGCCAGUCUUCUCCUUUGGUGAGAACGAAGUGUUUGAUCAAAUAGACAACUCUAGAGGGACCUGGCUUCGAUGGAUACAGGAAAGGCUGCAAGGCAUCAUGGGUAUCUCCCUACCUCUCUUCCAUGCACGUGGAAUUUUUCAGUACUCCUUUGGUCUCAUGCCCUACAGAAAACCCAUCAAUACAAUCGUUGGACGGCCUAUUAAAGUGGAGAAGAAUGAGACGCCAACAGCUGAGGAACUUGAUGUCCUCCACCAGCUGUAUAUGGACGAACUCAGCAACCUGUUUGAGGAGCACAAGGGCAACUAUGGCGUGGACAAGGACACACACCUGACCUUUGUCUAAACCAUACUGAGGAUAGAGUGGAUUUGAAUGGCUAUUUAUUUCUUAAGUUCAGAUGCUGCAGGUUCAGAUAAAUACACCUUUUGAUUGGCUCUUUAAACCCUGAAUUUGCUCUGGCAUGUUAAUGAAAGAUAGAUAAACUGUUAUUGGUUGUGCAACACUGCUAUUACUAUUUAUAUAAGGUCGGAUUCAACUAUGAGAGGAAAGCACUUUUUCGUAUAAAGAUGUGUGUUCAUUUACACUGUCGUUUUUCAUGGCAAAUUGUACUGAAGUAACACUAAUGACAAAAGUCAAGUUUUCCUCACUUAGUCUCCCAGUUGUGGCAUCUGUCUGGGGUUUUGAAUUUUGCGCAAGACCUGACACUUUCUUAAAUAGAGUCAUGGGUUGAAUUUGAUUGCAACACCAUAUGAAGACACUGUAAAAAAGAAACAUAAUUUACCGAUCACUACAAAC